AUGUUCGCAACACAAACCCCCUCCUCCCCAUCCCCAUCAACCCCAUAUCGCCAAACAGGCCAUUUCACCCCCGUACGUCCAUCACCACUAGGCCAGCGCCUCAACAUAGCUACGCCCCCAUGGACAAUGGCCUGUGACCGGAAAUUCAACGAGACGACAAAUUCCCAAAUCUCGCCCGUCGCCUUCCCAACCUUCUCUUUCCAGGAUGGACACAGUCACGGUCACAGUCACAACCAGUCAACACAGCAGACACAAUCAUCGCCUAUAUUCGGCACCACUUCCACACACUCGCCAUUCACCUCAUCUCUCCACGCCCCAGCCUCGCCCUCUCCAUCGAGAGGUAAAUUCGCCGAUCGCUACGCGUCGCAGAUCGCGAACCCGAUGAAAACCUCUUCGUCGCUGGCACGUUCUAAAACACGCAAAAUGUUCAUGAAUCGUAUCAAGAAUGAUCGCGAUACGGGCCGGUAUGAGGCGCGCGGGGAACAAAUGAUGAUGAUGGAGCAUCUGGCUGAUAAGCGGCGGUGGGAGGAGUCUAUGGGGCGUGGGUUAGAUGUUGCGAUGCCUACAGAGGGAGAGAUUGAAGAUGGCGAUGGCGAUGACGAUAUGCUUCCUGAUGAAAAUGAUGUUCUCGCGCUUGACGAGUUCGCUGCGCAGGAGGAAGCUAUGGAGUUGGCUCUGCGGGAGUCGAUUGAGAAUAAAAUCUCCUUUAGUGAUGAGGACUAUGAUGAUAUAUUUAUGAAGCUGCCGGAUCCGACACAUGACCAGGAUAUGGAUAUGUGUUGA